AUGGAUGUGUUUCAAAUUGACACAUCGAGUAUAAGCUCGACGAUGGUCGAUCCAGAAACAUCCGUGAAUGAUGAAAUUACCGAAGUGAAGUUCGAAGCUCACUCUGAGUUUGAUUUGAAUUUCUUCGAUACGCCCGAUGACUCCAUGACGCAAGCUGCGUUUAGUAAUCCAAAUUCAGUCGAGUCGUCGACAUCACCGACACCCGAACCAAUUUUGCCACUCACGCCAAAUCUUAUACAGCAUUCGAUAACAUCAUCAAAUGUAACUAUAAAUCAACAUCAACAUCAAAACAUGGCACAACCAGCAAUGAUCAAUGUCAAAAAUGUAAUAACAAAGAGAAGAAAACUCUCCAGCUUCAGCUCACAUCACAGCUCGAAGCAGCGCGCGAUAACGUGUCAAUGA